CCUAGGCAGGGUCAGCUCCAGCUGUCCUGACCGGCCAGCCAGGAACAUACAUCCCAAGGCUGCCUCGGGGACGAAAAGCCGUCCUCAUCCAUCUCAGCUUGACCAGCUCACCUACAACUCCUCAGAUACUUAAAUCGUGGUCGGCAUGAGACAUUGAUGUCUUGACGCGUAUAGCUGCAUUCCAUCCUCAGUGAAUACCUAGCAACGGCAAUCGCAACGGCGACGACGACGAUAAUCCUGCCGUGGAGAAGGAUAUUGAUACGGGAGCGGAUAGUAGGUGUAUUGGGGUAAACAUCCGAUCUUCUCGUCCGAGGCAGAUUAAGCGGUUGUCACCACCAUGUCUUCCCUUCUCCAUCCACCUACUCAGUUACCCCCCGCCCUGGUCCUGCGCAAUUCGCAGCAGGCCCCGACCAUACUCAAGUCCUCGGGCGUCAUCCCGAUGAAUCUACUCACCGACCCGGAAACCCCUGAGCUAUGGACUAUAUUCGAGAACCUACUAUUAUCGUGCCUUCAAUCCGGAGAUGACGAGUCGGCCCGUGGAUGCUUGACAAAGUUGGUAAAGAGGUUUGGCGACGACAAUGAACGAAUCCAGGCUUUGAGAGGCCUCCUCAGGGAAGCUCAAGCUCAAGAUACUGCCACCUUGGACGCGAUUCUAAAGGAGUACGACGAGACGUUACAGGGCAACCCGACCAAUAUUCCCAUAUUAAAGCGCCGGGUGGCCCUCCUGCGGUCUAUGGAACGGGUAUCCGAGUCCAUCGGUGCUCUGAUAUCGCUUCUUGACAUCUCCCCCACGGAUGCGGAAGCAUGGGCCGAGCUUGCCGAUCUCUACUUCUCUCAAGGGUUGUACUCGCAAGCUAUCUAUUCGCUCGAGGAGGUUCUGGUCUUGCAGCCAAAUGCCUGGAAUGUACAUGCUCGUCUAGGUGAGAUACUCUUAGUUGCUGCAAAGCCCGUCGGCAACCUGGGUCAAUUGAGCGAGGCCCUGAAGCGAUUCAGCCGAAGCAUCGAGCUAUGCGACGACUAUUUACGGGGCUAUUAUGGCCUUAAGCUAACGGCAAAGCAACUCCUGGCAAUCGCGCCAAAGGUGUCGUCGUCGGACCGGCCAAAUUCUGAUGGAUUUUCUAUCCCUGAUGUGACCACGCUACGCAAACUAGAUGAGGUGGCUACCGAGAAACUCGCGGAAAUCGUGCGGCGUCGCUCAUCAGGGGAAAAGGGUUGGCAAGGCUAUGAUGAAGCCGAGAUUAAGGCGGCCCGCGAACUCCUCGACAGCGAUUCAGCGGCGACUGCUCGAUAAGGGAAACCGACGGGACUAGUGAUUCGCCAACCAUGCUCCCUCGAUCUUGACUCACAUGGGCGCGCGUCUCACGAGAGAUUACAAGCCAUUAUGCGGCUAAUAAAGAGGGCCUUGCAUUCUGGUAUGCACAGAAUCGAAAUCCCCAAUUGGUGCACAAAAUAGACGGAUUCACAUCGGGAAGAUCGGUGGACCUCUACGCAGACAGACGUGUCUCCCCCCCGUCCACUAUUCCCUCUCCCACAUGCCGGUUUGGCCAAGGACAAGUCGUCCAGGCGGUCACCUUACUGGAUGGACGGUCCUACAAUACGACUGGCACGUGGCUCCAGUCGCACGACCUGCGUUGUCGUAAGUGGGAAGGGGGCGGUACUGCAAUUGAGCGAACGGGAAGGCGGCCAGGUGGCGCACAUAUACAUAUGCUACCUAUAGCAUCUUAUAUCAGAUUUCGGCGCUUUACAGCGGAUUGCUUAUUAUCACGGUGAUGCUGCUUAUUGUUACAGUAAUCCACCUAUGCCAUUUCGAUUUUAGUGAGAUCUUAUCAAUACUUGUUCGAUAAGAUAACUACAAGAAUUAAAUGGAAAUUAUCACUUGAUAUAUUACUUUAUAUGGGAAAUAAGGAAGCAUG